AUGAAGGCUGAGACUAUUAUCCAAAACCAUCCUCCCACGCCACCCCUUGACCACGUCCACCCCGAUCUUCAUUCGAGCCUACACCAGGUCGCGCAAUACAAUGCAGACCGAGGUUAUCCUUACGACGAGCCGCCUUCACAAGGUGCCAUGUAUCCCUCGCCUAAUCCCGCCAUGCGCCAUGGCCUUCCGCAUGGCAUGGUGCCAUCCGGAGCAGAGUAUGGCGUAGCUCUUCGAUAUGACGACUACAGCCACGGUUCAGGCUAUGGUCGAGACAUCGAGCAGUACAACGGGUUCCAUAAGGAGCCUGCGAAGUUCUCGGGAUCGCCACCAACACCACGAUCCUCAACAGAACUCGAAGACACUACGCGCCGUACACGAAGCGGUCGAACUGUUAUGCCUUCUAGCUCACCGAUGGAAGAAGAGAAGCCCCGACCGAAACCGACGCCGAAGGCCAAGAAAGUCAAAACGGGGAAGAGCGAAAAGCCUAAGACGCCAAAACUGACAGCGCCUUUGAGCAUAUUGACCAGGGAUAUGGCGUCUAUACCCGUUCGCAAUAUGGAGGAGUGGGUAAAUAGGUCCGCUGAAACAAGGAAAAAGGAAGUCGAAAAGCGGAAUGGCUACGUGACGAGGCCCAUGAACUCCUUCAUGCUUUAUCGGUCGGCAUAUGCCGAAAGGACAAAGCAGUGGUGUCUGCAGAACAACCACCAAGUCGUGUCAUCAGUGUCUGGGGAAAGCUGGCCUAUGGAACCGCCUGAGGUGCGCGAACUGUUCAACGACUACGCGAAAAUCGAACGGAUAAACCAUCAGAACGCGCAUCCAACGUAUAAAUUUUCUCCGAGCAAGGCAGCCGCCACGGUACGCAAGAGGAAGCGUGAGUUCUCCGACGAACCAAGUGACCUUGAGGACGCCGAAUGGAACCCAGGCUCCGAUCGCUCCAGGUCUCGCUCUUCCAAACGGAUGAAUCAAGGCGUAUCCUACCCAAUGAAUGGUAUGAACCCCGGGUUCUUCGAUCAGCGGUUUGGUCCGAAUGGUGUGGGCAUGAACAGGUCCUGGGAGAUGAACAACGAAUGGCGACCAAUGCCAAUGCCCAUGGAUGACCCGUACAACCAUUAUUAUCAGACCUCUAUGCAUCCAGGCAUGGGUGUGCAUCAAGGUCUUAUGGAAGACAUGAGGUUGCGACGCGCUGACACCCCAAUCUCCACGAUGCACCUUUCGCAGGACACUGCACUGCUAGGUCUACCAGGAGGUAAUGCAAACGAGCUGUUGCAACAGAUGCACUCCCACUCGGACACUUCUCUCGGCGGUGAACCACAAGUCGAUCCCAUGCUCAUCGGUUUUGACGGUGGACAUCAUGAGCUUGGCGUUGCAGCCACUCAUGCAGAGUUCCGGAACGGACACAUGGCUAUGAUGGACGGUGACCUCGAUGAGCACAGCGUCGAUAGCUUCAUUGGAGCAGAAGUUGCCCACGACGAAUAUCGCACCGAAGCUUGGCAUCCGUACACGAACGUGGGGCCAAUGGAGUCUCCAGAAUCGGAGUUUGACAAGUGGCUGGGUGAUCGUUGA